ACCGACGAGACGCGGCGAUGGCCGCGAGGCGGCGGCUGAGGCUCGCGACUAUUCUACUGGUGGCCUCGCGAGCGGCUGCGCUGGCGACGCCGGCCACGCGAUCGCUCUCGCCGCCCGCUCACCGCUUUGCGCCGCCGCCGCUCCGCACCGCGGGUCCGCUUUUGUGCAGCGGCGCAGGCGGCGUCAGCAGCAAAGGCGACGCUGCAGAGCAUCCACCAGACUGGGGUGGGCGGCCGCGGGGACUGGGGCCACGCGGGUGGCCCAGCAGAGCGGCUGCAGUCCGAGCGGCACGGCUUCGCCGCCGCUGGCUACUGCAGCUCGAGCGGGCGGGCGGGUGGCUUAGCGCGAUGGCGGCGGCGGCCUCCCGCAGCGCGGCGAGUGCACGUGUGGCGCUCGUGGCGGUGCUGCUGAUGGCGUGCACGAGUCGCGGCCCGCUCGCGGACCGGCUGGCCGAGCCGGCGGGCGGCGGAGCUCCACCCUCCACCAUGCAGCGGCUCGUUCAAUCUCGCGGCGCCGAGGAGCGGGUGAGGGUUCGCUUCGGCGGCGGCGGCGGCCGCACCUCUGCCGCCGCCACCGCUCUUGCGAGGACGGCGGAAGCGCCGAGCGGCUUGGUGGGGCGCAGCGCCAGCGCGGUGGCGCAGACGUGGCGGGAGGUGCGCGAGCACGCCUCGCCGGCAGAGCGGGAUACGAUGGUGCUCCUCGCAACCGCCGCGCUGGUGACGCCGAUCAUGGGCACCCUCAACCUCUCGCCCGUCCUCGGCUUCCUCUUCGCCGGCAUCCUCCUCGGCCCGACCGGCCUCGGCGUUGUGUCGGAUGUCGCCACCACGACCAAGCUCGCCGCGCUAGACGGGCAAGACGGGGAAGACGCCCACUGCCCGCACUGCACGGACUCACUGCGCGCGCUAAAGUCGGUGGGGCGCGACGCCUUUCGGCUCGGGGGCGCACAGUUCGCGCUCACCUCUCUGGUCUUCGGCGCCGUCGCCACCGCGUUCAGCGCCUCGGGGCCGGCGGCCGUCGUCUUGGGCGGCGGCCUCGCGCUCUCCUCCUCGGCCUUCGUGAUCCAGCUGCUGUCGGAGAAGGGGGAGCUCGCCACCCGCUUCGGCCGCGCCUCCUUCGGCAUCUUGCUCUUCCAGGACAUCGCCGACAUCGCCGUCGUCCCCCUCCUCGUCGUCACGCCGCUUCUCGGUGGCUCAUCCGGCGCAGCCCUCGGCGCCGCCCUUCGCGUCGCCGCUAUCAAGAGCGCCUCGGCCCUCGCAAUCAUCUUUGUCACCGGGCGGCUGCUGCUCCAGCGCGUUUUUCAGCUCGUCGCGUCGGCGCGCGACCAGACCGCCUUCUUGCCGCCGUCACCGUCAGCGUUCAUCGCGCGCGACCAGACCGCCUUCCUCGCAAUCACGCUGCUGACGGUGCUCUCGAUGUCAGCCUUCACGCAAGCGCUGGGCUUGUCCGACACCCUCGGCGCCGUCCUUGCCGGCGAACCGCCGCGCCUCUCGCUGCUGGUCUGCUGCUUAGGCCUCUUCUUCGUGACCACCGGCUUCUCCAUCGACCUGCCCCCCCCACUGACCAGCUCGCUGCUGGUCUGCUGCUUAGGCCUCUUCUUCGUGACCACCGGCUUCUCCAUCGACCUGCCCCCCCCACUGACCAGCUCGCUGCUGGUCUGCUGCUUAGGCCUCUUCUUCGUGACCACCGGCUUCUCCAUCGACCUGCCCCCCCCCACUGACCAGCUCGCUGCUGGACUCGCGCUCGCCCUGCACCUCUCCAAGACGGCGAUCGUCGCCGCUAUCUGCACCGCAAACCAGAUGAAGCCCGCCGCCGCGCUUCGCUCGGGCACUGCUCGCCUGCUGCUCUCGCAGGGCGGCGAGUUCGCAUUCGUCAUCUUUGGCCUGGCGCAGACGCAUGGCAUCCUCCCUGUUGGGCAG